AUGUAUUCCUGUCCUACUCCAGCCCUUAAAACCUGCAGCUCCUCCUCCUCCCCAGAGCUAUCCUACUACUCUCCCCUCCAAAAAGAAGAAGAAGAAGAGACAAGGAUGGAAAAACUCGUCGAGAGGCUAGAGCAGAUGGAAAAGAAUCAAGCUGCCCAACACAAACAGCUGACUGAGCUGAUAGGGAGCACAUCACAGAGACAAGUUGACAGUUUAGCUAAUCUGAGAAGUGACAUGAAAAAACAGUACAAGGAGUUUCAAGAUACCUGCACGAAACUCGAUCUGAAAAUUACUGAGCUUGAGAGCAAUAUGAAUGCGAAAAUUCAAGAAAUGGGUAGUAAAGUGGAUAGUGAGAUUGAGAUAAUGAGGGGAUCUCUGAAUCACAUCAAGGCCGGUAGGUCGAGUGUGAGAGACCCAAACAGAGUGGGAGAAAUUAUCAAGAAGCUUGACAGGCUGGAAAAGGAAUCGAAAAAGAAGAAUUUAAUCAUUACUUACCCACAGUGUAAUGAGAACUCAGUUGAAUCAGUGAAAAAAAUUCUCAACGAUAAAUUCAAUGCUAGUGAACAUAUGGUGGAGAGAAACCCCAAGACAAUGAAGAAAAACAAACCCUCGUUUGAUAAAGACUGUUCGGAAAUGAGAAAUGCAUUUAAUCAAUUAGUAAAUCGAUGCUUUGCCGCAAACUCCAGUGGCGAAAACAGAGCUGCUUAUUUGGAUUGCAAAAAGAAAUAUAAGAAACUCAGGAAAUUCAAAGAAGAACAAUUCUAUAAGCAGAGGGAGGAGGACAUUGCAAACGUUCGCAAUUUGGGACAAUUUCGGGAAACAGAAAAUUUUUAUAAAUCAAUUGGUAUGACUAGUGCAAUUAGAAGCUCGGGCAAAAUAAGUAGCUGGAAUGAUUUCUAUAGAGGUAUUUAUCCGCCUAGAAUGCAGAUUCAUCGGAAAUAUCCCAAUUUUUCGGUAUAUCAACUUGACAUGGAAAUCUCCCUUGAUGAGAUUCGAAAGGCAAUCAAGGAAGCGGGAAAUGCCAAAGCACCUGGUCCAGACCAGGUAUCAAACGAAUUCUUCAAGAUUCUUCCAGAUUGCUGGGAGUCUAGCCUAUCUACUAUGUUCAAUAAUGUAAUGAACUGCGAAGCAUGUCUUCCGGAAUGGUCUAGAGUAAUUUUACCGAUGUUGUACAAAAAAGGUGAUGCUGAAGACCCCGCGAACUACAGGGGCAUUGCCCUUGUCAAUUGCGUGACAAAAAUUUUUACCUCUAUCGUGAAACGUAGGCUGGAGACAUGGGCUGAGGAACGUGGUAUCUUACCUGAAACUCAAUUUGGGUUUCGUAGAAAAAGAAGUUGUGCUGAUGCCAUCUUCACUCUUCUCUCAACGGUGCAUCUACAGCUGAGGCAUGAGAAAUCCGAAGUAUUCGCGGUGUUUGUGGAUUUCAAACGAGCCUUCGACACUAUCCCACCACCACCUGCUCUCGAAAAGAUUGCUGGAGUUGAGGAUAGGUUCGAGGUGACGGAGGGAGUUCUCCAGGGUGAGUCCUUGAGUGCUCUCCUAUUUGUUCUCUACAUCGCAGAUUUCGAGUCUGAGCUUAGACGCAGGGGUCUCGAGGGUCCGGAUAUGGACGGAUGGAACGAUCUUCUGUUGGUUCUUUUUGCAGAUGAUACUGUCUUGUUGGCGAGGAAUUAUAUUCACCUUGUGAAAAUGCUGAGAGCUUUAGAAGAAUAUUGUAGUAUGAAAGAAUUAGCGAUUAACACGCAGAAGACGAAAAUAAUGAUAUUCAAGAAAAAAGGGAAUCCUGUGGAUUUAAAAAAGAUGAACUUGUGCCUAUAUAAUGAACCAAUAGAGAUCGUGAAGUCCUUCAUGUAUCUGAGUGUUACUCUCUCGUCGAAUGCGCUAGCUGACGCGACUCUGAACUCUGUGGUGGGGAAAGCCCGCGCUGCUAGUCAAGCUGUUCUCAACAUCCUUUAUAAAACAAGGACUGCUCCCUGGAGCGCCACUCUAAAACUAUUCCAGAGUGUUAUUGUCUCCACGGUUUUGUAUGCCGUCCCUGGUUGGGGUUUGUUGGUGCGAGAUAACAUUGAGCUGAUGCAGACUUCCUUCUUCAAAAAACUCUUGAUUCUCCCGAAAAGUACACAAGCCACGACCCCCACAGCUAGCACCAAAUACAACUGGCAGCUCCAGUUCAAGGAGGUGGUCCUUGAUUGUGAUGCUAUUGACUUGUGGGGUAAUCUGGAUCCCUCAGCGUGGAUAAGGCANUUCCCCAGUCUCAAGACUCAUACCUCCCAAAAAUUUGUCUAA